CGGUCCACCGCAGGUCCGCAGCCGACGCGUCCCGGGGCGGCCAGGAUGCAGCUGCGCUUCCGCCCGCUCGCCGCGAGUGCCGUCGGAGGAAGAGGCUUUCAUGCGGCACCUCCCCGCCCCGUAAGCCGGAGCAAGGGGAGGCCGUGUAACAAGGUAGUCAGCUUCUCGUCGUCGGGGAAGGAGGGCGAGGAGGCAGCGGGGCGCGAGACGCCGGACGAGGCACGGCAGCGGCUGGCGGAGCUCGACGCGCUGCUGGAGGGACUUACCGAGCCCAAGAUGCGGCCGCCGCCGCCCCCUCCCCCUCCGGACCCGUACUUGGACCGAGAUAUGAUAACACGGCGUGGACCAACUGAAGAAUUGCCGGAAUUUUCUCCAACGUAUGUGGCAUUCUCAACACUUGCACUUGUUAUCCUCACGAUAUUCACCAACGUCAUGUUCAAUCUGUACAUCAAACCUUCCGUGGACGGCGUCGAUCAGCCUGUAAGAAUUCAGAGAGUGCCCAUGGUCGAUCCAGCUGACCGCAAUUCGAGUAGCUUCCGCACAGACACAUAGUUUUGUUACAGUAAGAAGGGAGAUGUUUUACUGGUAGUUAACUGAAUCAUAUGUACCUCAAUAUGCUUUAUGUAUCCAGUACACCCCACAUGUUCUUGAAUGAACUAUGGUUGGUGUUACUGGGGGCUGCGUAACGGUGAGGAUUUGCACAUAUCUGGGAGCUUUAUUGUAUCUUGUAUGCAGAAUUUCAUAUCCAGUUUCUGCUUUCCACUCCCAGCAAGCACACAUGUACAAUUUCCAUGUACGACUUCAUAUGAAUUGACCACAACUUCUCUAAGAAA